AUGCAUUGGGUGCAUGGCACGAGCUUUCAAUGCGAGGCCUCGGCCACAUGCGCAUGCAAGGUGGUUGAGGGCGCAUGUGCAUGCAAGGUGGUUGAGGGCGCAUGUGCAUGCAAGGUGGUUGAGGGCGCAUGUGCAUGCAAGGUGGUUGAGGGCGCAUGUGCAUGCAAGGUGGUUGAGGGCGCAUGUGCAUGCAAGGUGGUUGAGGGCGCAUGUGCAUGCAAGGUGGUUGAGGGCGCAUGUGCAUGCAAGGUGGUUGAGGGCGCAUGUGCAUGCAAGGUGGUUGAGGGCGCAUGUGCAUGCAAGGUGGUUGAGGGCGCAUGUGCAUGCAAGGUGGUUGAGGGCGCAUGUGCAUGCAAGGUGGUUGAGGGCGCAUGUGCAUGCAAGGUGGUUGAGGGCGCAUGUGCAUGCAAGGUGGUUGAGGGCGCAUGUGCAUGCAAGGUGGUUGAGGGCGCAUGUGCAUGCAAGGUGGUUGAGGGCGCAUGUGCAUGCAAGGUGGUUGAGGGCGCAUGUGCAUGCAAGGUGGUUGAGGGCGCAUGUGCAUGCAAGGUGGUUGAGGGCGCAUGUGCAUGCAAGGUGGUUGAGGGCGCAUGUGCAUGCAAGGUGGUUGAGGGCGCAUGUGCAUGCAAGGUGGUUGAGGGCGCAUGUGCAUGCAAGGUGGUUGAGGGCGCAUGUGCAUGCAAGGUGGUUGAGGGCGCAUGUGCAUGCAAGGUGGUUGAGGGCGCAUGUGCAUGCAAGGUGGUUGAGGGCGCAUGUGCAUGCAAGGUGGUUGAGGGCGCAUGUGCAUGCAAGGUGGUUGAGGGCGCAUGUGCAUGCAAGGUGGUUGAGGGCGCAUGUGCAUGCAAGGUGGUUGAGGGCGCAUGUGCAUGCAAGGUGGUUGAGGGCGCAUGUGCAUGCAAGGUGGUUGAGGGCGCAUGUGCAUGCAAGGUGGUUGAGGGCGCAUGUGCAUGCAAGGUGGUUGAGGGCGCAUGUGCAUGCAAGGUGGUUGAGGGCGCAUGUGCAUGCAAGGUGGUUGAGGGCGCAUGUGCAUGCAAGGUGGUUGAGGGCGCAUGUGCAUGCAAGGUGGUUGAGGGCGCAUGUGCAUGCAAGGUGGUUGAGGGCGCAUGUGCAUGCAAGGUGGUUGAGGGCGCAUGUGCAUGCAAGGUGGUUGAGGGCGCAUGUGCAUGCAAGGUGGUUGAGGGCGCAUGUGCAUGCAAGGUGGUUGAGGGCGCAUGUGCAUGCAAGGUGGUUGAGGGCGCAUGUGCAUGCAAGGUGGUUGAGGGCGCAUGUGCAUGCAAGGUGGUUGAGGGCGCAUGUGCAUGCAAGGUGGUUGAGGGCGCAUGUGCAUGCAAGGUGGUUGAGGGCGCAUGUGCAUGCAAGGUGGUUGAGGGCGCAUGUGCAUGCAAGGUGGUUGAGGGCGCAUGUGCAUGCAAGGUGGUUGAGGGCGCAUGUGCAUGCAAGGUGGUUGAGGGCGCAUGUGCAUGCAAGGUGGUUGAGGGCGCAUGUGCAUGCAAGGUGGUUGAGGGCGCAUGUGCAUGCAAGGUGGUUGAGGGCGCAUGUGCAUGCAAGGUGGUUGAGGGCGCAUGUGCAUGCAAGGUGGUUGAGGGCGCAUGUGCAUGCAAGGUGGUUGAGGGCGCAUGUGCAUGCAAGGUGGUUGAGGGCGCAUGUGCAUGCAAGGUGGUUGAGGGCGCAUGUGCAUGCAAGGUGGUUGAGGGCGCAUGUGCAUGCAAGGUGGUUGAGGGCGCAUGUGCAUGCAAGGUGGUUGAGGGCGCAUGUGCAUGCAAGGUGGUUGAGGGCGCAUGUGCAUGCAAGGUGGUUGAGGGCGCAUGUGCAUGCAAGGUGGUUGAGGGCGCAUGUGCAUGCAAGGUGGUUGAGGGCGCAUGUGCAUGCAAGGUGGUUGAGGGCGCAUGUGCAUGCAAGGUGGUUGAGGGCGCUGCUGUGCGUGGAGGGGCAUGGGGAAAGGGAGCUGGCAUGAGUGGUGGGGUGUGUUGUGCUGUGAGGCAUGAGGGGAUGGCUGUGCGGCUCAAGGGACUGGCCUCCAAUGGCCACGCGUGCAUGCAAGGUGUGACCGGUCUGACACCUUGCACUGUGCUCCUGGCCUGA